CCGCAUCGUUUUUUCUCGACGCGUUACAGCCGUUGAACAAUCACGGCAACGUUCGCUACCCGAGUGCGGUAUGCAGGUGCCUCGUGGCCCGAGGGCGUCCUUGCUCCCAGAGCGCGUCGUGACCUUCAACAAGGUCUCGAUCGUCUUCUCGAGCUUCUUCCUACUCAACCUCGCCUCCAUGCCGCUCAAGGUGUAUUUGACCGAGUCGCUCCCGUGGAUGUCGCAUGUGGAGCCCUCAAUUGAUGUCGUUCCAAGCGCCAACGAGACGUUUGCUGCGUUCAAGGAGCGGGCGCUUGCCGUCUACACGACUCGGUACACGUCGUUUGCGCACACGAACAGCUUCAACUACUUUUACGACGCGGCCGAAGGCGUCAAUGUCCUUCAUGGCCCACUCCAGCGCACAACCGAAGCAGCAUUUACCUACGAGGCCCUGCCCGGUGCCUUCUUUUACUCGAAUCGAGCGCGUCAGUGGGUCCGCGACAUGAGCCUCGGCAACCGCACUACCUCCAGCACCGCACUCGUUCAGCUUGGCACACGUUUUGGCUCCCCGUCGACCAUGGCUGCCAUUUGGACCGACGCACACGAUAACGUGUUCUUUGCGGUCCAGAUCUUCCGUGGCUUCAAGGCGUGGGGCUACAUCAAUCCGCAACUGGCUGCCCAUUCGUUUGUCCGGAUCAACCAGAUUGCAGAUCUCUGGGCCUUUGCCGUCUCGACGUUGUAUCUCUCACGAACUGUCUGGUUUGGAUACCUUGUGCUGAAUCUCAGUGGUCGUGUCUUGAGACGAUGUGCGCUCGAGUCGUGGUGCGCCCAAGCCGAUCCGACCGGCGUUGCGAUCGGUGUGGCACUGACCGUCGGGCCGCUAACAUAUCUUCAACUUCGGUCGUCGUUCUUUAUCGACCUCUACCAUGUACUCUACACCUGCUUCUUGCCCCACGACAAGCAGUUGGACUACACGGAAGAUGUUCCGCCCGCCAUCUUGUACACCAUUGUCCUCGGCGCGCUUCCAUUGGUGUACACCUUUUCGGUGCCCGCACUCAAGCGCAUGCUAAGACAGUUCGUUUGUCGCCUGUGGUUCCGGCGAAUCCAUUCCAUGGCCAAAUCGUCCCGGCGACGUCUCUCGCGCGUCGUCUCACGCUCAUCGUUAUCGCUCCGUGCGAUUGAUGGCGGCGCGUGCGCUCGUUUGAGCUACAACGACUGGAAGCACCGACUGCUGCUCGGUCUCAUCUUUGGCUGCUGCUGCUGUCGAAGAAAGCACCGGUUGCCCAAGAUGUUUAGAGGCGGAUCGAUCUACAAGCUCUUUAUGACGCACCGGCAUCUCCAGUGCAACGCGGCUUUCAGUUUUCGCGGUAGCGACUGCUACGUCCUCUCGCAUACGCCCAACACUGUCAUUUCGUAUCGCCUCAGCUUGAGCGACGCAAUGUAUCUCGAACAUCGAACCGACAUUGUCCUGAGCACCUCGAGUAGCAAGGCGUUUGGACGACUUGUCAUGCAACCGAAGGGCGCGAUCGAGGUUCAGGUUGGUGCGGACCGCUCGCGCUGGAUCAUGUAA